AGUGCGUGGUUCAGUCGGCCGUGUGGUCGUGUGUCCUGUUCAGAAGCUGCUUCAGUUGGAUUACACUUCAACACAUUGAUUUUUUUUCGCCUACUCGGUGUUUCGGAAGCUUUCUUUCGCCUUGUGACUGUGUAUGUUAUGCACAGGGACAGUUUCUGUACGGUAGAUUAGUACAUCCCAGACUAAGACUCUGCGCUCUUGGCACUGGAGAUCUUUUGCGCAUGAUGUAACCGAAGGAACUGCGGGAAUGAACUUAAUCAUCUCUGUGAUAAACCACAUGUAAGCAAGUAUUUACAUGUAAGCAAGUGUUAAACACACACAGAUCGGACAGAUCGGAGUUUGUCUCUGUUUCUGGCUUAAAGGACUGUAAACUGGUCGUAAAUGGAUCGCCAUUCCAGUUUUGUUUCACUUUGGCUUCAGCUGGAACUCUGUGCCAUGGCCAUGCUCCUAACUAAAGGAGAGAUCAGGUGCUACUGUGAUGCUCCACAGUGUGUUGCCACUGGAUACAUGUGUAAGUCGGAGCUCAACGCCUGUUUUACCAAAGCUUUGGACCCGUUUAACACAAACUCCCCAUUAACACAUGGAUGUCUAGACCCGCUGUUAAACUCUGUGGAUGUGUGCAAUCAGAAGAACUCCGACGUUUCAAGCGGAGGUCCAUCUCCUAUUGAAUGCUGUCACGAUGAUAUGUGCAACUAUCGGGGUUUACCCAGUAUUGUUCACACACGAAGUGACCCCACAGAUCGUUAUCAGUCGGCCGGCUCAAACCAGAACCUGAUCACACGUGUUCAAGAGUUAGCCUCGGCGAAGGAGGUGUGGUUCCGAGCGGCUGUGAUCGCUGUGCCCAUCGCCGGAGGCCUGAUCCUGGUGCUGCUUAUUAUGUUGGCACUUCGCAUGCUACGCAGUGAGAACAAGCGGCUCCGGGUCCAGAGACAGCAGAUGCUCUCACGCUUGCACUACAGCUUCCAUGGGCAUAACCACACCAAGAAGGGCCACAUGGCAAAGCUGGACCUGGAGUGCAUGGUGCCUGUGACUGGCCAUGAAAACUGCUGUGCAGGAUGCGAUAAACUUCGGCAGGCCGAACUGAGCACACAAGGGGGCGAACGCUUCCUCUCCCUUGUCCACUGGGGCAUGUACACAGGCCAUGGCAAACUUGAGUUUGUAUGACUAGUGACUACUUCACCAGGCUUAUGUGCUGGGACUGAACUCACUUGCUGGUCUAUGGGCACCAGAGUGAGAACGUUCACUGUGUUUGAACUGUGUAGCAUUUUGUUGCUGUGCUAUUAAUAUUAUUGUUGUUAUUAUUAUUAUUAUUAUUAUUAUUUUCCAUUUGCAUUGUGAUUUUAUUGUUAUCCUUUGUAAAUGGAGAGAGAAAUGAAAAGGCCACAGAUGCCUUGUCUGAUGUUUUUUUCCUUCAUGGAGCACUUUACUUGAAUUAACGCUUGAAAGGGCGGGGUUGUUAAAAUAAGCCUUUCAAGCCCUGUCCUGUGGAUCCUUGACUGACACUGAAGACUGAAGGAUUCAUCUAAUUUGCACAUUUGUAUAUGGAGUUGAAUUGUAAAUGGAGAUGAAAAUACUUUUUGCAUUUUGGAAAAAAAAAAAAACUGACACCAGGGUAUAAAUAUGAACUUUUUUUUUUAUUCAGUCAAGUUCUAUAAAUAAAGGACUGUGUUGACUGUAAAUGUUUAAA